GUCAGACCCCAACAAAGAAAAAAUCUCACUGAACUAUAAUUGGCAACACCUCAGAGCGUGGUUAGCUAGUUAGUAGUCCUGCGUGGUUUAUAUUUGUUCCUGUUACACAGCGACAAGAAUGCCAACACUGUCACUGUGUUCAGCAUACAACUGCAAAAACCGCAGCCCCAAAGCUGGUGUGGGAUUUUUUAGAUUCCCCAAAAAUGAUCCUGAAAGACGCAAACAAUGGAUUAUUAAUAUGAAGUGUAAAGGGUGGAAUCCGCAACAAAACCACCGUGUGUGCUCCAUUCACUUUGAAGACAAGUAUAUUUGCGGGAGGGACAUACGUCAACGCCUCACGCCAGACGCAGUCCCGACUAUAUUCGACUAUCCAAAAAACUUUCAAAAUAAGAGUAUUACCUGGGCAGUCAAAGAUGUUUCCCCGAAGGUGGCAUGUGAGAACAUGGAGUUCGAACUUCUACCCCUCAAACACAUAAUAGAGAUCAAAGAAGCAUGGGAGUGGCUGGUUAUAGACAUCAGAGGGCCGCUACCCUUGACAUUAAACGGACACCAGUACGUUCUGACCUUGACAGACUUCUACUCCAAAUGGGUGGAGGCCUUCCCCCUGAGAGGUUGUAGCUCUACUGAGGUAGCACAGCAUGUAGCUGAAGUCAUCUCUCACUUUGGCUUCCCUUUUGGAAUCCUUGUUCGACUGAAGAAGAACUUUACCAGUAAGAUCAACGUUGCUUUGAAGAGUCGUCUGAAGCUGAGUGGGUUCUCUCUCUUAUACCGCCAUCGGCAAGUUGGAUCACUGGAUCUGACCACACAGACCCUGAUCAGCAGGAUGGUGUCUGAUCUUGUGAAUGACCAUCCAUACAACUGGGAUGUCUGCCUCCCUGCAAAGGUGUUCAGCCUGUGUUUCAAGGAGCACCCCAAGACCAAGCAGAGACCUUUCUCUCUGCUGUGCUGCAAAGGACCACAGCCGGUCACCACCCCCAGGGAUCUGUCUUUCAGUCCUGCAGAGCUCAGAGAGAGUUCCUUUGCAAUCCAGUCAAAUCAAGAGGGUGGGCAUGACACUGAUCCGCAAGGCAUGGUUGGCAUUGAAUCUGGGAAGGAAACGGCUGGAAAGAGCACAGUUACAAGGGUCUCCUUUUUUAGGAGCAACACCAUCAGUAACACUGACUGUAACACCAUCAGUAACACUGACUGUAACACCAUCAGUAACACUGACUGUAACACCAUCAGUAACACUGACUGUAACACCAUCAGUAACACUGACUGUAACACCAUCAGUAACACUGACUGUAACACCAUCAGUAACACUGACUGUAACACCAUCAGUAACACUGACUGUAACACCAUCAGUAACACUGACUGUAACACCAUCAGUAACACUGACUGUAACACCAUCAGUAACACUGACUGUAACACCAUCAGUAACACUGACUGUAGCACCAUCAGUAACACUGACUGUAGCACCAUCAGUAACACUGACUGUAGCACCAUCAGUAACACUGACUGUAGCACCAUCAGUAACACUGACUGUAGCACCAUCAGUAACCCCAUCAGUAACACGGACGGUAACCCCAACAGUGAACCAUCCUCUGAAGAUCAGCAUGCCAUGGAAACCUGAAUAAUUUAUUGGAUGAGUGCUCUAUCAGUCAUGCUGCCAUAUUUUUGGGGAGUAGGUUAUUUUGGUUUUCUAAGGUGUGAUCAUUUUGUUGAAUAACACUUUGGUUCAAUGUUUGGCUGGUGUACUGUUUCAAGAUUGUUAACAAAUUGCUUUAUUUUGAAAUCAAAUUGUAUUUGUCAAGUGCUGAAUUCAACAGCUGUAGGGUGUACUGCGAAAUGCUUACUUACGAGCCCUUAACCAACAAUGCAGUUAAAAAGUAAGAAAAUAAGAAAGGAAACGGUAAUAAUAAAAUAACAACAACCAGGCUCUAUACAAGGUGUAACAGUACCGAGUCAAUGUGUAGGGUACGAGGUAGUUGAGGUAAAAAUGACUAGGCAAUAAGGGUAGCUCAUAAACAGUAGCAGCAGUGUGUGUGUUUGAGUGUCAGUGUAGUAUGUGUCAAUGUGUGGGAAGAGUCCAGUGAGUGCAUAGAGCCAGUGUGGUUGAGUGUCAGUGUAGUAUGUGUCAAUGUGUGGGAAGAGUCCAGUGAGUGCAUAGAGCCAGUGCAAACAAAUGGGGGUCAAUGUAAAUAGUCUGGUGACCAUUUGAUUAACUGUUCAGCAGUCUUAUGGUUUGGGGGUAGAAGCUGUUAAGGAGCUUUUUGGUCCCAGACUAGUCGCUCCGUUCACGCUUGCUGCGUAGUAGCAGAGAGAAGUCUGACUUGGGUGGCUGAAGUCUUUUGACCAUUUUUAAGGCCUUCCUCUUACACCGUCUGGUGUUGAGGUCCUGUAUACUUUUUAAAGAUCUGAGCACCCAUGCCAAGCCUCCUGAGGGGGGAGAGGCGUUAUCAUGCCAUCUUCACAACUGUGAGGUGUUUGGACUGUGAUAGGUCCUUAGUGAUGUGUACAUCGAAGAACUUGAAGCUCUUGACCUGCUCCACUUGAUGUGAAUGGGGGUGUGCUCAGCCCUCUGUUUCCUGUAGUCCACUAUCAUCUAAUUUUGUCUUGAGGGAGAGGUUGUCCUGGCACCACACUGCCAGGUCUCUGACCUUCCUGAAGGCUGUCUCAUCAUUGGUGAUCAGACCUUACUUGAUCUUGAUUACAAAGGACAUGAAGACAAAUGCAUUUCUAUCUAUUUUAAUCAUAUGUACCAUAUUAAGGGCUGUUGAGGCCAUACUAUAAUUCCAGUUGGGAGCAUGGGUGCUGCCAUGCUGGUGGGAGCACAGUCUCUGAUUUGUGUAAAUCCAUUUGAAUUUAAUAACUUUUUAACAGCAACCCUUUUUAUUUGAACAAAACCUUACAUUUGCAUACUGAACCAUAAUAUAAACGCAACAUACAACAAUUUCAAAGAUUUUACUGAGUUACAGUUAAUAUAAGGAAAUCUAUUUUAUUAUUUAGGCCCUAAUCUAUAGAUUUUACUUGACUGGGCAGGGGUGCAGCCAUGGGUCAGAAUGAGUUUUUACCCACAAAAGGCCUUUAUUACAGACAUACUGUUUACACGUGGUCUCAGUUGUAAAGUUGUAAGGCCGUUGGAAGCAGCUUAUGGUAGAGUAAUGUACAUUCAAUUAUGACCACUCUGGUGGACAUUCCUGCAGUCAAGCAUGCAAAUUGCACGCUCCCUCAACUUGAGACAUCUGUGGCAUUGUGUUGUAUGACAAAAUUGCAUACAAUUCUAGGAUCUUUUCAGCUCAUGAAAAAUGGUACCAACACUUUACAUGUUGCGUUUUAUAUUUUUGUUCAGUAUAUUUUAUAAUUUCGUGAAAGAAAAAAAUGAAAUGGGGUAUCUAGUGCAAGCAACUUGUGCUUGUCUUUGACUUUCAGUUUAUCCACCAGCUUCAAACAGCUGAAAAUGCUUUAUUUUUUAGUUUAUUGAGAAGCUAUUUAAUGGUACAAUUAUUCUGUCACAAAUGAAAAAAAUACAACUUAGUGUUUCACAAUCAUUCAAAUACUUCUGCAGCUAUAUUUAAAGGACAUUUUCUGAAUUACAAUUCAAAAAUAUUACAUAUAGCUGUGAUUACCUUUUAAUGUAAAUUAUUUAACAUGUAAACUUCGGGUCGACUUUGAUCUCCUUGGCAUUCAGGUCCAAAAAGUACCUUUCUUACUACUUAUUCCAUGAUCAAACAUGUAGGAAAGUUUUUGUUUAAAUCAAAAGGGAUGCUUUAAAAAAGUGAUCAAAUUCAAAUAGAUUUACCCACUUGCAAAUAUUUCUCCCAUGGCUCUCAUCAAAGACUGGAAUACGAACCACAGGGAAUUUAGUUAUUUGUUAAAUGCAAAGAUACUUGUAUGCUUUAUAGUGUAUUUAUUAUGGGUGUCUCUUGUUAUUGUGGAGCAUGCAGGUGAUUUGAGUUUUAACCAAAUGUACAAUUUAAGAAAUAUUCUCAAAACAAAGUUGUCACCACAAUUUGUGGACCUAUGAAGGCAAGUGCUGUGUGCCCCAUUUUGGCAUAUUGCACACACACUUCUUUUGGACAGCUGUUAGAUGAGGGGUUUUACUAGGAUGUAUACAGCUACUACCUGAAGUGACUUUUUCGUAGCAGGUUAGGAGAAUUGGGUUAGGGUUAGCUAAAAUGCUGUCCUAAACUGCUACGAAAAGUCACUUCGGUUCUAGCUGUACUCCAUAAAGUUUUUAUUUUUAUUUUACCGUUAUUUUACCAGGUAAGUUGACUGAGAACACGUUCUCAUUUGCAGCAACGACCUGGGGAAUAGUUACAGGGGAGAGGAGGGGGAUGAAUGAGCCAAUUGUAAACUGGGGAUUAUUAGGUGACCAUGAUGGUUUGAGGGCCAGAUUGGGAAUUUAGCCAGGACACCGGGGUUAACACCCCUACUCUUACGAUAAGUGCCAUGGGAUCUUUAAUGACCUCAGAGAGUCAGGACACCUGUUUAACGUCCCAUCCGAAAGACGGCACCCUACACAAAGUCACAACCGGCUGAGUGUUUUGUGAUUCUCGCAGUGCAGCAUGGGAUAACGGCGGUGUUAGUUCAAACCACUGAGUUAUAAUGAGAAGCGACCGAGAGAAAUAGUGAGUGAAGAAGAUAAAAAAUAUAUUUAUUUAAAACUAGCUUGAGGGGAGGGGGGGGUGGAAAAGAUAAGACAAAAGGUAGAAAAGAGGAAGAGAAUGGUAUUUCAAGGAGAAAGAUAGUGAAAUUCCACUUAAGAAAACAAAUGUUUUUGAUAGACAAAAUACAUCUAAGGCUUACAUUUACUGGGAUUGAUUUCCCAUCUGUAUUAUGCUUUAAUUUUCUUUUUAAACACUAAAAUAUAGACCAACAAUUUAAGCAACAUUGAAGAUUAUUACCAAAAUAAAUAUAUAACAUAACAGAAGGGCAAAGUAAACAAUAUACAAUGUACAAAAUAACACUGUGUAUAAUGUAAGUGUUUGAGGGGAAACAGAUGGUGAUGCAGCUAGAGUGUAGGUGGAAAGAGGGAUGAGUUGGUGGAUAAAUGGGAAGAGAACGUUAUGCAAUUAUUGACGAUUUGAAAUACAUUUCCAUUUUUUUCUAUUUAAUCAUUCUUUGUCCGAGGGAAGUUUAAAAACCCUGCAAAAAGCUACAAUAAACAAACCCAUGCCGUGGCCAACACAAUAGUUAAAACAUGCAUGGAAUUGUUGAGAGUACUAUAUUUUUGAGAGUACUUUAUAAAGGCAGUGCCUGUCUGCUUGUUAUUGAACUGCCCAUGUUUUAUUUAUUUAUGUAUUGCCUCUAACAGUCCUUUUGUAAGCUCGUUUUGUGUGGGGGAGUAGGUUUACGGAUGAAGCUGCUGUGGGUGCCGGUGUUGUCUGGAACAUCACUUGGGGAAACAAAUGGCACAAAGCACUGUCCAGGGCAGUUCAGGACUGGACCAGUCCACCACUACUGGUGCCACAGACAUUCGUUGCUACAGACAGCUGGCGCUUCGGUGAAUAGCUGCAUCUGUGCAUGAUUGGAAGUGGUCCAACCGGGGCUGUGCGUUUUUUAGUUUUGGCCUGCCUUGCUGUGUUUUGGAGGUAGAUGUUAUUCAUGCUCUUCUUGGUUGUACUGAGGGGCAGCAGGGCAGGUGUUUGCAGGCUGCAAAGGCUCUGGCUUGUGGGCAUGGGUGAGGGAGCUGAAUGCCCUGGAGGAGCACUGCCACGUCCUGAGUUUUCUGCCUGCUGUUGUGCUACUGCACUCAGGUGUUCUGGUUCACUUCAUACAGCUGCAGUGUGCUAUUGGUCACCACCCGCUGCCUGAUCUUCUUGUAGUCCCGCAGAAUGAGGAUCCACCUUGUCCGAGCCGCCUUCCCCUUCUUCUGAGGACUAGGGUAGAUGCCACACAUUUAAGUCAUUUAACAUUUAAGUCAUUUAGCAGACGCUCUUAUCCAGAGCGACUUACAAAUUGGUGCAUUCACCUUAUGACAUCCAUAACAGUCAGGUGAACACGGUCUCUAUCACAUGGCAGCGGUCAGGCCACUGGGCAGAUUAACCCCCGCUUUCCCGAGUGCAUCUCCUUGUGAUCUCCACUCCAGGGAUACAGGUAUUGUUUUUUUGUGUCCAGAAGCAAUCAAUCACCAGCCUGGGUUGGUGAGGGGCAGCAUAAACAAUCUGGUCCUUGUCACGCUGGCUCGGCUUAUUUCCACAAGGAUAUUAGAGUGACAGCUGGCUGGUUUGACUGAGUGGGGCCAGAAUAACUAUUUGGCUUUACCAGGUACUCCUCCAGCUUGUCAUUGUUGGCCAUUCCAGUGAUGCCAUCCUGAUCCACAGCCUGUAAUUACAUAAGUUUUAAGUGCUGUGAUAAAAUGUAAAUCAUGUCUUCAACCCGAUCAACACAACCCCUGAAAUGGUGAACUAGCAUUUCCAUCUACCGCACCAGCAACUUCUGUAGUGUGACCAGGGAUGGACUCAAGCAUCUCUGCUGUGAUGUCAUCAGAUACUAUCUCCGGGAUGUCAGAGAGCCACAGAGCACCAACAGUUCAUCCUCUGUUCCAUCCCUGAAGUCCUCAUCUUCUUCGAGUGAUGUGCUCUAGCAUCUUAUUGGCUGCCUCUGCAUGCAUAUUCUGGAGGGGCUGGCCGGUCUGGUUUUACAGGUACUGAAUAGCUAUGAGCUCUCCGGGAAGGAAAUGUAUAUUUAGAACAUUCAAAACUUUACAGAAGGCACAAAUCAUUUGUUCCACUGGCUGUCCUUUGAGGAGGUAGAGCUGGAAAUUGAGUUUAUUGGGCACUGGUUCCUAUACAUAAACUCUUUCAAUAUAAAUAUCCACAAAAAAACUCCUCAGUGUAAUUUAACAUUUUAAUAGACAAAACUGGGAUAAAUCUGUUCAGAUGAAGAUGGAAGGACUCCAGAGAUGUGGCGCUUCUGGCACACACAUCUUGACAUGAGGUAAAGUUGAGAAGAAGUGGGUCGACAGUAGACCGCUGUGAGCCUUUCUGGGUAGGUCUCUAAAAGCUUUCCACACUUGGAUUGUGCAACAUUUGCCUAUUUUAUUAUUUUCAAAAUUCUUCAAGCUCUCAAAUUGGUUUUUGAACAUUAAUAGACAACCAUUUUCAGGUCUUGCCCUAGAAUUUCAAGCAGACUUUUAAGUCAACUAACUUGGCCACUCACCGUCUUCUUGGUAAGCAACUCUAGUGUAGAUUUGGCCUUGUGUUUUAGGUUAUUGUCCUGCUGAAAGGUGAAUUCAUUUCCCAGUGUCUGGUGGAAAGUAGGCUGAACCAGGUCCUCUAGGAUUUUGCCUGUGCUUAGCUCCAUUCACUUUAUUUUUAACCUGACCCCCCCCCCCCCCCCCCCCCCCAAAGUCCUUAACGAUUACAAGCAUACCAAUAACAUGAUGCAGCCACCACUAUGCUUGAAAAUAUGGAGAAUGGUACUCAAUCAUUUCCCCCAAACAACAUAACAGUAUAUUCAGGACGAAAGGUUAAUUACUUUGCCAAUUUUUUGCAGUAUUACUUGAGUGCCUUGUUGCAAACAGGAUGUAUGUUUUGGAAUAUUUGUAUUCUAUACAGGCUUCCUUUUCACUGUCAUUUAGGAUAGAAUUGUGGAGUAACUAUGUUGUUGAGCCAUCUUCAGUUUUCUCCUAUCACAGCCAUUAAACUCUGUAACUGUUUUUUAAAAUCACCUUUGAUCUCAUAGUGAAAUUCCUGAGCGGUUCCCUUCCUCUCCGGCAACUGAGUUCGGAAGGACAUCUGUAUCUUUGUAGCAGUGGAGGCUGCUGAGGGGAGAAUGGCUCAUAACAAUGGCCAGAACGGAGCAAAUGGAAGGGUAUCAAACACUUGGAAACUUUGUUUGAUUCUGCUCCAGUCAUUACCACGAGCCCCUUCUCCCCCAAUUAAGGUGCCAGCAACAUCCUGUGCUUUGUAGUGACUGGGUGUAUUUUUACACUAUCCAAAGUGUAAUUAAUAAUUUCACUAUGCUCAAAGAGAUAUUCAAUGUCUGCUUUUAGUAUUUUUACCCAUCUACCUAUUUUUUUAUUUCACCUUUAACCAGGUAGGCCAGUUGAGAACAAGUUCUCAUUUACAACUGCGACCUGGCCAAGAUAAAGCAAAGCAGUGCGACACAAACAACAACACAGAGUUACAAAUGGAAUAAACAAACAUACAGUCAACACAAUAAAAGUCGAUAUACAGUGUGUGCAAAUGAGGUAAGAUUAGGGAGGUAAGGCAAUAAAUAGGCUCUAGUGGCGAAGUAAUUACAAUUUUGCAACUAAACACUGGAGUGACAGAUUUGCUGAAGAUGAAUGUGCAAGUAGAGAUACUGGGGUGCAAAGGAGCAAAACAUAAUAAUAAUAAUGAAUAACAAUAUGGGGAUGAGGUAGUUGGAUGGGCUAUUUACAGGUGCAAUGAUCUGUAAGCUGCUCUGACAGCUGAUGCUUAAAGUUAGUGAGGGAGAAAUGAGUCUCCAGCUUCAGUGAUUUUUGCAAUUCGUUCCCGUCAUGGCAGCAGAGAACUGGAAGGAAAGGCGACCAAAGGGGGAAUUGGCUUUGGGGGAGACCAGUGAAAUACACCUGCUGGAGCGUGUGUUACAGGUUGGUGCUGCUAUGUUGACCAGUGAGCUGAGAGAAGGCAGGCUUUACCUAGCAAAGACUUAUAGAUGACCUGGAGCCAGUUGGUUUGGCGACGAAUAUGAAGCGAAGGCCAGCCAACGAGAGCAUACAGGUCGCAGUGGUGAGUAGUAUAUGGGGCUUUGGUGACAAAACGGAUGGCACUGUGAUAGACUGCAUCCAAUUUGCUGAGUAGAGUGUUGGAGGCUAUUUUGUAGAUGACAUCGCCGAUGUCAAGGAUCGGUAGGAUAGUCAGUUUUAAUAGGGUAUGUUUGGCAGCAUGAGUAAAGGAUGCUUUGUUGUGAAAUAGGAAGCCGAUUCUAGAUUUAAUUUUGGAUUGGAGCUUUAUGUGAGUCUGGAAGGAGAGUUUAGUCUGACCAGACACCUAGAAUAUGUGGACAACUACAAAUACCUAAGUCCGAACCGUCCAGAGUAGUGAUGCUGGACGGGCGGGCAGGUGCGGGCAGCGAUCGGUUGCAGAGCAUGCAUUUAGUUUUACUUGCAUUUAAGAGCAGUUGGAGGCCACGGAAGGAGAGUUGUAUGGCAUUGAAGCUCGUCUGGAGGUCAGUUAACACAGUGUCCAAAGAAGAAGGGCCAGAAGUAUACAGAAUGGUGUCGUCUGCGUAGAGGUGGAUCAAAGAAUCACCAGCAGCAAGAGUGACAUCAUUGAUGUAUACAGAGAAAAGAGUAGGCCUGAGAAAUGAACCCUGUGGCACCCCCAGAGACUGCCAGAGGUCUGGACAACAGGCCCUCCGAUUUGACACACUGAACUCCGUCUGAGAAGUAGUUGGUGAACCAAGAGAGGCAGUCAUUUGAGAAACCAAGGCUGUUGAGUCUGCCGAUAAGAAUACGGUGAUUGACAGAGUCGAAAGCCUUGGCCAGGUCGACGAAUACGGCUGCACAGUAUUGUCUCAUCGAUGGUGGUUAUGAUAUCGUUUAGGACCUUGAGCGUGGCUGAGGUGCACCCGUGACCAGCUCGGAAACCAGAUUGCAUAGCGGAGAAGGUACGGUGGGAUUCGAAAUGGUUGGUGAUCUGUUUGUUAACUUGGCUUUCAAAGACCUUAGAAAGACAGGGUAGAAUAGAUAUAGGUCUGUAACAGUUUGGGUCUAGAUUGUCUCCCCAUUUGAAGAGGGGGAUGACCGUGGCAGCUUUCCAAUCUUUGGGAUCUCAGACGAUACGAAAGAGCUUGAACAGGCUAGUAAUAGGGGUUGCAACAAUUGUGGCGGAUAAUUUUAGAAAGAGGGUCCAGAUUGUCUAGCCCAGCUGAUUUGUAUGGGUCCAGAUUUUGCAGCUCUUUCAGAACAUCAGCUAUCUGGAUUUGGGUGAAGGAGAAAUGGGGGACCGGGGUAGGGGAAGCCAGGUGGAAAGCAUGGCCAGCCGUAGAAAAUGCUUAUUGAAAUUCUCAAUUAUUGUGGAUUUAUCGGUGGUGACAGUGUUUCCUAUCCUCAGUGCAGUGGGCAGCUGGGAGGAGGUGCUCUUAUUCUCCAGGGACUUUACAGUGUCCCAUAACUUUUUGGAGUUUGUGCUACAGGAUGAAAAUUUCUGUUUGAAAAAGCUAGCCUUUGCUUUCCUAACUGCCGGUGUAUAUAGGUUCCUAACUUCCCUGAAAAGUUGCAUAUCGCGGGGGCUUUUCGAUGCUAAUGUAGUACGCCACAUGAUGUUUUUGUGUUGGUCGAGGGCAGUCAGGGCUGGAGUGAACCAAGGGCUAUAUCUGUUCCUGGUUCUACAUUUUUGAGCUUAUUUAAGGAAAGGAAAGCACUUUUAAACGGAAUGAGGUCAAUAUCCUUCCAGGAUACCCGGACCAGGUCGAUUAGAAAGGCCUGCUCGCUGAAGUGUUUUAGAGAGCGUUUGACAGUGAUGAGGGGUGGUCGUUUGACCGCAGACCCAUUUCGGACACAGGCAAUGAGGCAGUGAUCGCUGAGAUCCUGGUUGAAGACAGCAGAGAUGUAUUUAGAGGGAAGGUUGGUCAGGAUGAUGUCUGAGGGUGCCCGUGUUUACGGAUUUGGGGUUGUACCUGGUAGGUUCAUUGAUAAUUUGUGUGAGAUUGAGGGCAUCUGGCUUAGAUUGUAGGAUGGCUGGGGUGUUAAGCAUGUCCCAGUUUAGGUCACCUAACAGUAUGAACUGAAGAUGGAUGCGGGGCAAUCAAUUCACACAUGGCUAUCCAGGGCACAGCUGGGGGCUGAGGGUGGUCUAUAACAAGUGGCAACGGUGAGAGACUUGUUUCUGGAAAGGUGGAUUUUUAAAAGUAGAAGCUCAAAUUGUUUGGGUACAGACCUGGAUAGCAUGACAGAACUCUGCAAGGCUAUCUCUGCAGUAGAUUGCAUCUCCGCCUUCUUUGGCAGUUCUAUCUUGUCGGAAAAUUUUAUAAUUAGGGAUUUUAUAAAUUUCUGGAUUUUUCGUGGCCUUCCUAAGCCAGGAUUCAGACACGUCUAGGACAUCCGGGUUGGCAGAGUGUGCUAAAGCAGUGAAUAAAACAAACUUAGUGAGGAGGCUUCUAUUGUUAACAUGCAUGAAACCCAGGCUUUUACGGUUGCAGAAGUCAACAAAUGAGAGCGCCUGGGGAACGGGAGUGGAGCGAGGUGCUGCAGGGCCUGGAUUAACCUCUACAUCAACAGAGGAGGAGUAGGAUAAGGGUACGGCUAAAGGCCAUAAGAACUGGUCGUCUAGUGCGUUCGGGAACAGAUUAAAAGGAGCAGGUUUCUGGGCACGGAAGAAUAGAUUCAAGGCAUAAUGUACAGACAAGGGUAUGGUAGGAUGUGAAUACAGUGGAGGUAAACCUAGGCAUUGAGUGACGAUGAGAAAGAUGUCUCUAGAAACACCAUUUAAACCAGGUGAGGUCACUGCAUGUGUGUGAGGUGGAACACAAGGGCUAGCUAAGGCAUAUUGCGCAGGGCUGGAGUCUCUACAGUGAAAUAAGACAAUCACUAACCAAAACCGCAAUGGACAAGGCAUAUUGACAUUAGUGAGAGGCAUGUGUAGCCGAGUGAUCAUAGGGUCCAGUGAGUAGCUAGGCAAGCUGGAGACACAGCGAUUCAGACAGCUUGCGGGCCGGGGAUAGCAAGCUAUCAGAAGGGCCUUAGGGGGACAUAGCCCCCUCGGACAGUUACGUCGGCAGACCAGUCGUGAUGAAAUGGCAUGGCUCCAUGUAGGCAGUAAAAGGAUCCAGGCCAAUUGGAAAAAUAGGUAUUGUAGCCCAAGAAAUUGGCUGAUGGACCGCUUCAGCUAGCCGGGAGGUGGGCCUAGCUCCAGGCUAACUGGUGCUUGCGUCGGGACAGAGAUGUCAGGAGUAGCCACUCGGAUAGCAGCUAACUAGCUGCGAUGAGCUGGUGUAAAGGUUAAAAGCUUGCGGUAGGAAUCCGGAGAUGUGGUAGAGGAAAAAAUAAAUACAAAAUCUCCGAUAUUCUCUAGACAGCUAGCGGGCCGCGGCUAGCAGGCUAGUAGAUGGGCCUUCAGGGGACGUCGUGACGGAGGAGCCUGUUGAAACCCCCUCGGGCGGAUUACGUCGGUAGACCAGUCGUGAUGGAUCAGCGGGGCUCCGUGUCGACAGUAAAAGGGGUCCAGGUCAAUUAGCAAAAUAGGUAUUGUAGCCCAAGGAGUGGUGGAUGGACCUCUUCAACUAGAUAGGGAGAUGGGCCUAGAAUGAGGCUAGCUUCAGGCUAACUGGUGCUUGCUUCGGGACAGAGACGUUAGCUGGGAGUAGCCACUCGGAUAGCAGCUAGCUAGCUGCGAUGAUCCAGGUGAAAAUGUUCAGAGCUUGCAGUAGGAAUCCGGAGAUGUGGUAGAGAAAAAGCAGUCCGAUAUGCUUUGGGUUGAAUCACGCUGUGCAGCCUGGCAGGAGUUGACCGCGCUGAGGUUAGCUGAAGCCAUUGCUAGCGGUCAAACUGACUACUAGCUAGUUAGCUGGCUAGCUUCUGUUGGGGGUUCCGUUUCUAAAGUAUAGAAAAUAGCAGAUCCAUACCACAUUGGGUGAGGAGGGUUGCAGGAGUGUAUGUUGAAAUUGAGGUUAAAAAUAUAUACGAGGAAAAAUAUAUAUACACGGGACAUGACAAAGACGUCUGACUGCUACGCCAUCUUGGAUUGGUGCCCUUCUUUGCGAGGUAUUGGAAAACCUCCCUGGUCUUUGUGGUUUAAUCUUUUUUUUUUUAAAUUCACUGCUCGACUGAGGGACCUUACAAUUAUCUGUAUUAUUUUGUGUGGGGUACAGAGAGGUAGUCAAUUCAAGAUUGAUAUUAAACACUAUUAUUGAACACAGA